AUGUCUAAAUAAUCAAAAGAUUAGUAGAAAUUAGGAAAGUUUUAUACAUUUGAGGUGACAGCAGAGAAAUUAUAAACAGUAUAAUAAAAAGCAAGAUCAAUGUAUUUUAAACAUUUUAGAAAUGCAUUCAUUUUUGGAUUUUGCAUUGAAUUUAUGAUAAUCAAAUCAAGAAUUUGUAAAUUCCAUUUAUUUAUAUAUAUAAAGAUGAAAAUAUUGUUAGAAAAAGUACACAAAGAAGAUUAGAAUCAAAAAAAAAAGAAAAUGAUAAUCUAAAUCUAACCAAUAAUUAUACAUUACAUAAAUGAAACAUAGUUAAGCUUUAAUAAAUUAACAUUUCUUUUAAAUUACUUGAUCAUUAUCUUGAUAUAAUAUUAUCAUUUAUCGAAAUUAAAAAGAAAUAGAAUUGUGAUUAUGGAUAAUCUUCAGCAAAUUUUAGUCCAUCAAAUCUUAAAACCACUCCAUAAUUUAACAAAUUUAAAUCAAUUCUUAUAAAAGACUAAUAAUUAAUUAUAUCUCUGUUUUUUAUAAUUUUCUUUCAAUUCAUUUUUAAUAUUGCAUAUAAAUUAUUUUAGCUUACCUUAAGAGUCAUAUGUUUAAAAUAUCAUUCUUAAAAUAUAUAUUCUUUUCAAAAUUAUAAUUCUGGAUAUUCUAACGAUAUAUAUUUGA